AUGUACUGUCACCAUGGGGACGACUUCCUGGACCAGUGUCACCGUGGAGACGACUUCCUGGACCAGUGUCACCGUGGAGACGACUUCCUGGACCAGUGUCACCGUGGCGACGACUUCCUGGACCAGUGUCACCGUCAAAAACAUCCAAAAUGUUUUCAUGUGUGUUCAGUCUGUGGUGCCGACAUCUAUGACCGUCUGUGGACAAACAACCUGGACAUCGCCAAACGGACUCUGGAGGUACCUUUUCUACAGGACAUGCAGCUGGGAGACCUCCAGGCCGACUACUACGUCAGCUUCACCAUCCAGGACGUCGCUUACCUGGUGAAGGUCACUGAGAUGUUGAAGCAGAUGUGUCAGAAAGUGAAGGAGCCUGAAGACAUCCAUCAAUUCAUGCUGGAACGAUUCAACAGCUACAACAAAUAUGCUGAGGAGACGCUGAAGCUGUUCAACCUCAAAAGUGUGUCGGACAUCAACCUGACGUCCGCCAUGAAGAAGUACCUGUCUGACUACACAAGCAUCAUGAAUGACAAGGAUCCCAUUUACUUCGUGGUGGCUCUUCUUCCCUUCGCCAGGCUCUGGUUGUGGUUGGCCAACCAUCUCAAGGAAACCCCCUGUAACGCCUACUUCACCUGGAAGAAGCAAAACUCCCAGGGCCACCCAGAGAAACACUACAAGGCGCUGCUCAACAAGUAUCUGACCACCGCUGACCAGAUAACACAGGCUAAUAGCAUCUUCCGCCAGCAAAUGCAGAACGAGCAUGAAUUCUUUGCAUCCUCUCUCAAAAAGCAGAACAGCAGCUGUAAAUGUAAACCUUAGAACCGUGUCCUUAUGUCCACAGGUCGACAGCAAAGGGAAACAUUCCGAGUUAUUUCCAGGUUAUUGUGCUGUUAUGUGAUUAAAUGUGUGUGGUUCCUGAACUCUGGACUACCCAGACCUUCUGUGUCCCACCCAGAAUAAACCAAUAUGACCUUCA